AUGUACUGGCCCGCCCUUAAACCCUCGCCGGCCAAGAAGAAGCCUCCGGCGGAGGCCAUGGCGGCCUCCUCCGCCGGCUUCCGCGACCUGGAGGAGACCGACGACGGCUGGAUCGUCCUGCCCCCGGCGCCGCCCAAAUCGGGCAAGCCUCCCAGGCCCCCGCCGCGCGCCACGGCGACGGACGCCGUCAACGCCUCCCCCGACGAAGCGUUCGACCCGACCCCGGACGUCAUCGUCGGCCGGUACCUGCCCCUGCGCCGCGCGCUGCGGUGCGACGGCCUGCCCCGGCAGAUCCACGACGCCGACGUCUACGGCGCGCACCCCGGCUUCCUCGCCGCCGUGUACCCGCCGGCGAACGGCCGGUCCGAGUGGUUCUUCUUCGUGUGCCGGGCGCAAUGCCAGGGCGGGCGGCGCAGGGCCGGGCCCGGCGCGUACCGCCUCGGCAGCGAGGCCAGGCUGCUCGGUGGCGCCGCCUACUGCCACGCCUUCCGCUACUACGAGGACGAGGCCGAGGUCGGCUCGGCCUCGACCAAGGAGACCGAGUGGCGCAUGGACGAGUACGGAGACUGCCGUUCUGCCGCCGCCGCCUUCGACAUGGUGGUCUGCAAGCUCUACCCGGCGCGUGGCGGGCUCGUCCAUACGAUGCUCGGCGUCCACCAGCCCGCCUCGCCUUCGCACCGUCCGGACAUGAAUAAGCCGCAGGUGCUCGUCCAGCUCUACCUCGACAGCCUCAGCCUGGGGGACCCGCGGCGGUGCAGAAUGCAUGCCACGGCCGACGUCUUCGCCGCACACCCGGCGGUGCUCACGGUGGCGUUCCCGGCGGCCAAUGACCGGUGCGAGUGGUUCUUCGCCGUGCACCAGCGCCGGCGCGAGCUCGAGGAGAACGACGAGGACAAAGCGCGCCCGCGGAGGGCAGGGCCAGGGGCGUACGUGCUGGUGCGCGAAGGCCGCGUCGUGAACGGCAAUGGCGGGGACAUAGGAUACCGCCGCGUGCUCUUGUACCGGGAAGACGACGCGACGGUGAGGCGGGUGUCGCGGACGGAGUGGUGGAUGGAGGAGUACGGGUUCAGAAAGGACUUCCCGCACGGCGAGCUGCCUUCAGCGAAGGCACCAAUGGACGAAGACGAGGAGCUGGUGGUGUACAAGCUGUACCUGAAAAUGCUUGGUCACCGGCAGUAGAACGCUUCCUUCACCAGAAUUUCCGAUCUGCGGAUUCUGUCAUGCACGAAUUAAGACUGAAGCUGAAUUCUGCCCUAAGCGUCCAUGGUUCCCUUCCAGCAGGGAAACAAUAAAGAGUGACAUGUAUAUAUAUGCAAAAGAACGACAGUCAUUUGGGGUUUGAUGAUAUCGCCGAGAUAAUUUGAUUUA